AUGGGGGUGGGGGCGUCGAGCGUGGUGGCGCCGGAGGGGUACGGCCAGACGUCGCUGGGCGACAUGCCGGAGAGCUGCGUCGCGGCGGUGCUGCUCUACCUCGACCCGGCUGAGAUCUGCCAGGUGGCCUGCCUCAACCUGGCGUUCCGGGGCGCGGCCUCCGCCGACUGCAUCUGGGCCGCCAAGUUGCCCGCCAACUACAGGUACCUCGCCGCGCUCGCGGCCGCGGCCGACGACGACGACUGCGGUUGCGAUGACGCGGCCGAAGGCAGUGAUGGCAGGUGCUGCUCCUCUGCGGCGAUCAAGAAGGAGAUAUACGCGCGCCUCUGCCGGCCCACCCCGUUCGACGGCGGCACCAAGGAAUUUUGGAUCGAGAAGAACAAGGGAGGUUUCUGCAUGUCCAUCUCCUCAAAGGCUAUGUCGAUCACAGGGAGAGAGGAUCGGAGGUAUUGGAGCCACCUAUCCACAGAGGAAUCAAGAUUUCACAGUGUUGCCUAUCUUCAGCAGAUUUGGUGGCUUGAGGUAGGUGGGGAGAUUGAUUUCUGCUUUCCUGCUGGUUCAUACAGCCUAUUCUUCCGGCUCCAUUUGGGCCGACCGCACAAGCGUAUGGGCCGCCGAGGCCAUGGCUCUGAGAAUAUCCACGGUUGGGACAUCAAACCGACACGGUUCCAGCUCUCAACUUCAGAUGAUCAGCACACUGCAUCAGAGUCUUACCUAAUUAACCCUGGAAGAUGGAUCCUUUACCACGUCGGUGAUUUCAUCAUAUCGAGUUCAGAUGAGGUGACGGAACUCAAGUUCUCUAUGAUGCAGAUUGAUUGUACGCAUACAAAAGGCGGCCUGUGUGUUGACUCGCUUUCCGGUAUUGCUGACCCCCUUCAAGAGCAAGUGUUCGUUAGAACUGCUGCUGGGUUCGAUGUUUGGUCUGACCAAUCCUGUUCGAGUCUCAGGCUUGGAAAAUUCAGGUGCCACCCCAGCGUCAAGCAGACAAGCGCUGAAGCACCCAUGGAUAGCGAGCGUGCGCCGAUGCACGACAGCAGGGAUAAUGUUCUAGUUUAG